GGAAGGUCGAGACUUUUCAAGUUUUGAACUGUGUCUCGAUCCCGCUCUCUCACCACGCUCCUCUCUUUUGCUUAUAUCAACACACUCUGCUCUUUCGAUCUCUCACACUUCGCUUUUUCCGAAGGUGUGAACAGGAUUUUCGUUUAAAACAAUUGGUCGCUCUUCUUGGAGGCACACACAAUGUAUAAAGUAAACACAAAUUGUGCCAAAGAUGAAGAGCGUCCACUCCGAAUAACCAGAGCAAGGGCUAGAGCCUUGAGAGGGGCUCCUCCCUACGCAAGACCCUCCGUUAAAAAUGAGCAGAAAAACGUCCGUAGAGUGAAUUCCAAAAGAGCAGCUUCUGAAAACAAAACUUCUGUGGCUGCUCCUGCUCUUGUCCAGCAUAAGGGAAGGGCAGUGUUUACAGAUGUAACAAACAUCUCACAUGAUGAGUGUACUAAGGCGUCGAGAAUUCAGGUCAAAGGAGUUUAUACGAAGAAAAGCACAAAGCAAGCUUCAGGUGUUUCCAUUGAAGUUUCAUCAUUGCAACAGGAUGUUAGAACAAAGUUAGCCGAAGAAUUAUCCACAACAGGGAUGGUAGAAUCGAAUGACACCAUAAGAGAGCGUGUUAUAGCAAACGCCACCCUUUCAUUGCUAAACUCUGUGAAAUCUGAUGAACUUCGGAGCUCUCCAAACAAAGGCAUAGAUAUGAUCUGUGAGAAGCUAGGAACCUCAGACUCCCUGCCUAUUGUGGACAUUGAUUCAGAGUUAAAAGAUCCUCAAGUUUGGAGUUCUUAUGCCCCUGACAUAUACAGCAAUAUUCGAGUCACAGAGCUUGAAAGGAAACCACUCACCAACUACAACUACAUGGAGAAGUUGCAGCAUGAUAUUAAUCCAAACAUGCGCGGAAUUCUGGUUGAUUGGCUCGUAGAGGUUUCCGAGGAAUACAAGUUGGUUCCAGACACUCUUUACCUGACAGUGAACCUCAUUGAUCGGUAUCUCUCAACAAGAUUCAUUCAGAAGCAAAGGCUCCAGUUGCUCGGUGUUACUUGCAUGCUUAUUGCAUCAAAGUAUGAAGAGAUAUGUGCACCUCGAGUGGAGGAAUUUUGCUUCAUCACAGAUAAUACAUACUCAAAAGAAGAGGUAUUGAAAAUGGAGAGAGAAGUACUAAAUCUUCUGUAUUUUCAGUUAUCUGUUCCCACAAUCAAAACAUUUCUCAGGAGAUUCAUCCAAGCAGCACAAUCUUCUUACAAGGCUCCUUGUAUUGAACUGGAAUUCCUGGCAAAUUAUUUAGCAGAGCUUGCUCUUGUUGAACACAGCUUCUUCCAGUUUCUACCUUCCCUUGCAGCUGCAUCUGCUGUCUUCCUUGCCAGAUGGACCCUGAACGACUCAGAACAUCCAUGGAAUCCAACUCUGGAGCACUAUACAAACUACAAAGCUUCAGAGCUCAAAACUGUUGUUCUUGCACUGCAAGAACUGCAAAUUAAUACCAAAGGCUGUCCCUUGAAUGCUGUACGCGAGAAAUAUAAACAACAGAAGUUCAAUUGUGUGGCAAACCUGUCUCCAAAGCUGGUGCAGUCACUCUUCCAGGUCCAAGUGUAAAUGUUUUUGGCUGUUUCCUAAAGACUAAAGGAUGACUUGAUUGACUUCAGAAUUUCUAGCACAGUGAUGCUUGAUAUCAUCAUCAGUUAUAUAUUUUACCAUUCUUUUUUAUCAUCAAUCCCCACUUACUGUUCUGUAGUUGUAAUGUGUAAGGUGGUGUAAAAUUCUGGUUCUUCCAGAUCUUGUAAAACGAAAUUUUUACCCCAAUGAUACAGUUCAAAGAGUGAGUUGAUGUACUAACACCCAGUAGGCUUCAUUUUGAAUGACACAUUAUGCAACAAAGCCGUACCGAAACAUUUGUAUGUAAUAAAAAUUACGUUACAUACAAUUUAUUUUAAUCACUAGAUAUCAUUUCCAA